ACCCCAACCCCAACCCCAUAACCAAAUUUAACCCAAGCCGCGGCGACCCUCCGCCGACACUCCCUCACUUUCCUCAACUGCCAACCAACAACAACAACAACAAACCGUUCCCUUUCCCUCUCUUCCCUUCUCUGCAACCAUGGCUUCUUCUUCUUCUUCUCUCCUUCUUCUACUCUGUUUCUCAAUCCUCUCCCUUGUUUCUUCUUCUCCAAUUUCCCUCCUCCUCCCAAUCACAAAAGACCAUUCAACGCUCCAGUAUCUCACCACACUUUCCACCGGCACCCCUUCUGCCCCCACCAAUCUCGUUCUCGACCUCGGAGGCUCCCUCCCCUGGUUCGACUGUGCUUCCAGACACACCCCUUCUUCUUCUCUUCGCACCAUCCCUCACCGUUCCCUUCAAUGCCUCACCCACCAAACUCAAACUUCUCAAACAUGGCUCAAAACUGUUGCAGAUGCAGAUCAACACCACCCAUGUCAAAUCAUCUCAGAAAACACCAUCACAGGGAAAACAAGCGCAGAAGGUGAGCUUGUAGAAGAUCUCGUUGAACUUGGAAGUCAGAUUCCGCUACUCUUCACCUGUUCACCUACCCUGCUUCUGAAUGGCUUGGCAAGAACUGCUUCUGGCAUGGUUGGGUUUGGAAGAUCUCGUGCUUCUUUCUCGACACAGUUCUUCAACUCGUUCAACGCAAAGAGGAAGAUCACUCUCUGCCUCUCUUCUUCCUCUGGGGUUGUUCUGCUUGGUGGUGGAUUGGCCUAUGAAUCUGAGAUUCUCAGAUCUCUGACAUUCACGCCUCUAAUCAACGAACCCACUUCACAGGAACAUUUGAUCAGCGUGAACUCGAUCAAAAUCGGUGGAAGGAGAGUUUCUUUCAACACCGCAUCGGAGGGAAGAAACAGAGGGACUCUGUUGAGCUCUGUUGUGCCUUACACGACGAUGCAGAGUUCGGUCUAUGCUACCUUCGAGAGUGCUUAUCUGAGAGCUGCUGAGGCCAUGAACAUGACUAGAGUUUCUCCGGUGGGGCAAUUUGGGCUGUGUUUUAGCUCCGGCGGCGUUGGAAGCUCGCCGGUUGGGCCUGACGUGCCGGUGAUUGAGCUUGUGUUGCAGAGUGAGAUGGUGAAGUGGAGGAUUUAUGGGAGGAACUCGAUGGUGAAGGUGAACAGUGAUGUUAUGUGCUUGGGGUUCUUGGAUGGUGGUGUGAACCAGAGGAAUCCUAUUGUGAUUGGAGGGUAUCAAUUGGAGGAUGUGUUGGUUCAGUUUGAUUUUGAAACUUCCAUGGUUGGAUUUAGUUCUUCUCUUUUGAUGAGGCAGAGUAGUUGCUCUAAUUUCAGAUUUGGGUCUGGGACUGCCCAAUCGGCUUGAAACUUGAGACUCAAGUUCACACAGAAGGAGCACAAGCCUACAAUGACGACGACUUCAGCUUCAGAAGAAGCACAAGCCUAUAAUGACGGCCUCUAAUGUUCCGUUUGAGUGUGUGAUAAUUGUGAUGAUGAGGCAUAUAAGAUAGUUUUUUUCUUAAUUAAUUAGAUUAUUAUGGUGAAUUAGGAAGUGUUUAUAGUGUUUUGUAAUCACCAUUGUUAUUUUUGUUCUUUACAUUUGCUGUAUGUGUAGGCGACCGCAUAUGGUGUUGGUCAUUUUUGGUUCAAUGUUUAUCUGAUGUUGGAAUAGAAUGAAACAAAGCUUGAGCUGUUA